CUUUCCUCCCUACACUUUUUUCCUGGAAAAAUUCUUUUUUUUUAAAAAUAUAUUUUUUUGUUUCCUUUUUUUUUUUAACUCUUUUGAUUUUCUACUCCCACCACUAAACAAAUCAAUCACCUUUCCUAUUAUUCUUGUAGACCAAAGCCCUUUGUUUCAAAGUUGGGUUUCCUUUUUUUGACCUUUUCUUCUACUUUGGGUCCUUGUGUUUCAAAACCCAUUUUUGAGCUCAAAUUUGGGUAAUAGUGGAUUAUGGUGAUGAUGGCGAAGAAACUCUGUUACUGGGGCUUGUUCUUUCUUUGUUGUCAGUUACUGCUUACAGCUCAUGUUUGCUCCAAGAAUCAUGGAAACCCGGCAACUGAUAUUGUCAGCAUUAUCAACCAUAACAGAACAGCACACAAACUUCCAGAGCUAAAUGACAGCCCUGGACUAGGCUGCAUAGCUUUGCAGUAUAUCGAAUUGUGCAAGAGCAACUGCACUAAAAACAAUACUGUAAACUGCAAACCAUCAGAAGAUGACUUCACUGAAGUUUUUGCUCCUAACUGUGGUGUAGAGCUACCCACUUUUGACACCAUUACUGGCCAUAUUGUGGGUUGUCAGUCAAAGUAUCUUGAGCCAUCACUAGCCUAUUCAAAUGUUCUCAUUCGAGAUAAGAGAGCUUUAUCCAUUCUGAGAAACAAAUCACAUUCUGAGGUGGGAGUUGGCAUGGUUGGGGUCCAUAAAGGGCCUUUCUUCUGGUGUGUUCUAUUCAGCAGUGGAAAGACCAACUCCACAUUUGUUCUGGAAGAUCGUGGGGUGGGGAUUAAGCAGAAGAAAGGGUGCUAUAGCGGAAGCAGCAUUCCAUGCAGUGCAGGGCAGAAGGCUGCUGUGUUUUCUAGUAAUGUUAUGAUCAUGGCCAUUCUGUGUGUUUUUCUGUCACAACAAUUGCACUCCAGUUUAUUCAUGACAAUGUGAAAUUUCAUUAGACUAGCUCCAAAAUUUUGUUACUUGUACCUUUAAAGAAAGAGAGCAAUUUUUAUUACUUCAAGUAUUCUUGGAUUUUCUUGAAUUCCUUACGAUAUUUUUAUUUAUUUAUUUAAAUUAUUAUUAUUAUUUUUUUA